AGCUGAACAGAUGACAGGAAUCUCAGAACCAGUUAAAUAAGGAACACUAUGUGUAGCUAAAUUGAGAUACAAGCCUCCAAACUGCUAAAAGAUCCAUGUACAUGGUAAUAGAGGACUCUCCUUUGGAAAUUCAGAAAGGAAGUAAGAAGUGAAGGAGAUCGCUGGGCCAGAUUAUCCAAACCCCCCCGCUCGCGACGCGAACGGACGCCGGAAGACCCCACGCGCAUGCGCGACCACUGCGAGCAUGCUCAGUAGCUCGCGCCGCGUUCUGGAGCUUCGCCGCGCGGUGGCCGACGCGGAGGUUUCCGCGACUGCUGCGGGAGCGACAGGAAGUGAAGCGGCCCGGCCGGGCGACCGCGGCGGCAGAAACAGCAGCGGAAGGGGCGCUGCGGCCAGGACGUCGUCGACGGGGGUGGACGAGGGGUCCGAGAGCCGAGAGGACUCGCCCGCUCGGAAGCCGGAUCCCGAGCCGGGCAGGAUGGAUCAUCACCAGCCAGGGACUGGUCGUUACCAGGUGCUUCACAAUGAAGAGGAUAAUUCAGAGUCAUCUGCCGUAGAGCAACCAUCGACUUCAAACUCAACACCGCAGACUGCUCCUUCUGCAUCAGUACUUGAAACUGACUCUUCUCCUCCACCUUAUAGCAGUAUUACUGUGGAAGUACCUACAACUUCAGAUUCAGAAGUUUACAGUGAGUUUUAUCCCGUGCCACCUCCCUACAGUGUCGCUACCUCCCUUCCUACAUACGAUGAAGCUGAGAAGGCCAAGGCUGCUGCCAUGGCGGCUGCAGCAGCAGAAACAGCUCAGAGAAUUCAGGAGGAAGAGUGUCAACCAAGAGAUGACUUUAGUGAUGCAGACCAGCUCCGAGUGGGUAAUGAUGGAAUUUUUAUGCUGGCGUUUUUCAUGGCAUUUAUUUUCAACUGGCUUGGGUUUUGUUUAUCCUUCUGUAUCACCAAUACCAUAGCUGGAAGAUAUGGUGCCAUAUGUGGAUUUGGACUUUCAUUGAUCAAAUGGAUCCUUAUCGUUAGGUUUUCUGAUUAUUUUACUGGAUAUUUCAAUGGACAGUAUUGGCUUUGGUGGAUAUUUCUUGUACUUGGCCUGCUUCUUUUCUUCAGAGGAUUUGUUAAUUAUCUAAAAGUCAGAAACAUGUCUGAAAGUAUGGCAGCUGCUCAUAGAACAAGGUAUUUCUUCUUAUUAUAGAGACUACAUCGACCAGACAUUCUUUUCUUAUAUCAAUGUGAAAUUUCCAGAUCAUCUGUAAACCUACAACUUUAAUAGAAUAGAAGACUACUAAAAGCAGAAGACAAAUUAGUGAAGAAAAGAUAGAUCUUCAAGAUUGAAUGGCAGGGUGGUUUAUGCUUAAAGGCCAAUUCUGUUCAUUCUCUUAAAUAUUUAUAUUUCAUUCGUUUUGCACAUUUGCAUAUGUGCCCAUUUAAAAGAUUUGCAUAUACUUGAAAGAGACCGUAAAGUUGUAUCAGUAAAGUCCAGUCAUAUUUGGUCAAUCGGUGUUUGGUAUAAUUGAAAGAGCUGAGUAAAAAACAGUCUUCCAGCAUGUAAAUGCCAUUGACUUUUGACCUGACAUUUAGUAUAAUAAAAUGAAAUUAUUAACCAUGUCAAAUGCUUUAUAGUUUCUGGCUUCUAGAUUUAUCUAGUAACUCUACACAUGGAACAUCCUUUGUUAUAUAUAGGUUUUUGAAACCCGCAGUGCUGAUUAUAGAAAAGCUUUGUCAGAUUUGUGAACAUGAUAUUUACAUUAUUAUUUAGCAUAUUCUUUCUGUAAAUAACCAUGCAUAAAUUACUUUCUGCAUUGUUUUAGAAACUGUCUGGAUAUCUUUUAAUUUAAAAUUAAGUGAACUUAAUAUAUAGAGAAAAUUUGGGUGUUAAAGAUAGUUUGUUUUAGGACAAAUUUUAAGCAAAUGUGGGUAUUCCACAUGUCCUUUAUAAAAAAAAAAAUCUUCCUGUUUUUUUUUCUUUUUAAGGGACAUGCCAGUUUUAGGGACUCUAAAUUGAGAAGCUUGGUUUUUAGCAUUGCCAUCUUAGAGAUUCUUGGAGGAAGAGAUUGUAUUAGAUGUUCUAUUUAUUUCAUUUAAGAUGUUUUUGAAAGUUAAUUUUCUGAAUAAGAUACUCUCAUUUGCAUUUGUCUUUUAAAAAGCCAAUAAAAGUAUCUUUCAAUUAUGAUUGUAAUAAUUUUUUCUUUGGAGGUUUAGUUUGUUAAACGAAGCAAAUCAGAACUUGUACUAGUAGCUUCUUGCUUUGAUUAUAGGAUUAACCUAUUAAAAUCCUAUCUUGAAUUGAGAUAUGCAGACUAAUCUGUCUUCAAGUUAUGGAAACGUGUGGAAUAUGGGGGUGUGGUGUGUGUGUGUGUGUUGCAAGAAUAUGUGUGUCUGUGACCAUUAUUACAACUGGAAUCUACAUUCAUAAGCUACUGCCAUUUUGCAAAUCAUUUUAUGUCUCAUCUGUUUUCUUUUUAGUUAUAUUUUUGCUUUUGAAUGCCAACAUUAAAAAUGAUGGAAAUUAUAUCCUCUUUUCAACUUAAAAAUCAUUUAAUAUGGAUAUAUAGAACAUACAAAAUUGGUUGCUCGUUUAUUAUUUGACGCUGACUACUAAAAAAUACAUCUAAAAGUAUUCAGGGACAUUUUUCCAUUUCUGAAAAAAUAAGUUAUACUUUAUAACUUCUUUUGUAUUUCUCUGUAUUUUCUGAUUUAUUUCAUUGUCUUUGAUAAAUAAAACAUGCAGUUUUGUUUUGCUAAUUGAGCCUAUUGUUUUUCCUCAUUCAUUCUCCCUGCAUGGAAUUUCUUAUUGUUGAUUGAGGUACCUGUGUUACCCCCUUGAGGUCAAACAGUAGCAUGGGGUAAAGAAAACAAAAUAUUUAAUUUAGUUGCCUGAUUUGGAAAUUAAAGUUAGAAUGUACUUAUAAGAAAUAUGAUCUAAUACUAGAUCUCUUCUUUAUCUCAUAUUAAGUUCCUGUACACCUGUACUUGUUUUUUUGUGGUAAUUUUUAAAUGAAAUUAAGCUUUCAUACAUGGUAAUUUUUAGAUUACUAGAUCACCUAUCACAUCACUUUAUUAAAAUGUAGUAUUUUAGUUCUUGUGGUAUUUAUACUUGGUUUCUGAUUAUGGAUGUGUCACUUUUGGUCCAACAUCAAAAACUUCAUUUUCUGUUUGGAUUUUUUUUUUUUUUUUUCCCUUUCAAAUCUGUAAGGUUCAAGUGUGCAUGUUGCCGGAUGCUUUCUAAGUGGUACAAUUCAAUGGUAGCCUUAAAUCUCAUUAGUCAGGGGAAUCAGAAUAUUAGUUUUAAAAACUUAACAUUCUCUUCUGGAUCUGUGAAAUCCUGCACACUUCCCUUCAUUUGCUGUGAGCUGGGGUAGAGCAGCUGCUGUUGUGCUUGGGGGAUUCUGAACCACCUUUGCACUCUGUCCUGAAGUUCACAAAUCGGAAUCUUUGUUAGGAUGUCUAAAUAAUUUUUGAAUGAAUAUGAAUCGGGGCUUGGAAGUUAAUGUGAAUAUUUAUUAAAUUAUAUUGAUUAUAUUUGAGUAAGCUAGUUAUGGCCAGGAUAAUCCAUUUUUAUGUAUUUAUGAAAUCAACUGAAUUUAAGGUAAAAAUACAUUUUUCUGUACGGUGUGUUCAGGAUCGAAUUAGAAAUUUGAAAUUAGAAGAUCUUAUACUCAGUUAAAAUAAAAAUCUCCGUUUAACAGAGAAAAAAAAUACUAAUGUCUAGCCUUUUGAGACAGUGAGAUACCUCCCUUGCCUUUGAGGUUGUUCAUAAAUCUUAACCUGUUAGGACAGUAAUCACUAAUUCCCAGCAAAACCUUUCGUCACAGGAAAAGUGAAAUCCAAAAAGUCCAAUUGGAGAAAAAAAAAAAUCAGGGUUUCUUAAUUUAACAUUUCUUUUUCAACUGGUCCUUUCUGUCCCCCAAAGCACAAACAUAACAGUGGUGAAUGUGAUACUGUAUUUAACUGGAGUGACAUGUCCUGAGCUUGCUCAGAAACAGUUGUGAUUAUUUGUUUUCUCAGCUUAAAUAGUGCCUCUUCUCUGAAAAGUGUCCUAAAAAGGAGAAUAAGUUAUAUGAACACAGUGUCUAUAUAGCUGUACCUUUCACUGAGAAGUGACUGCCUAAGCCCACUGCCCUUUGGGAGAAGGAGCUGGCGUAUUAGGUCAGGAGUUAAUUGUUGUCACAGCCUUUCCUAGCCAGUGCAUUUGUCUGGCCUGUAGAAUACGCACAGUAUCUUUUUUUUUUUUCUUUCUUUUUUCUUUUUAAAUAGAAAUUGUAUUGGAAUGACUCCAGCUUAUAGUAAAGAGUAAACAAUGAGCUUUUAUAUUUUAAGACUGCUGUUAAAUGUUAUGUUAAUUGUUUAUUAGUUAUAUAAUUCCUCCGACAUAUGAAAUGUUCGUGUAUUCUUUUAAAAAAUCUCAUUCAGGAUAAAGUUCAACUGUUAGAUGAUGAUGUGCCAAUUAUUGUAAGAAUAUCCUUGCCCAUAUAUAAAACAUGCUGACAUGUGUUUUACUUGUUAAUAAAGUUCUAUAGAUGUGGAAAUGUGAA